AUGGCAGCCGGAGGGGACACAGUGCCAUGCCACCCCUCACCCCAAGCCAGCCUGCCUAUGGCCAUGCACCUGCUGGCCCCUGCCCGCCUGCUGAUCCGCCAAAUUGCAAAGUCAGGCUGGUCGCAACCUUCCCGGCAGGCCAGUGGUGGUGUGGUGGCAAUGACAGCUUCGAGGGAGCUGGUCCGCUCUGAGUCAGUGUUGUGGAAAUCAGGGCCAGAGGCUUAUCGGCCACUCCUCCUCUUCACACCCUGCGGCUGCAGAGCUUUCCCAGUUCGGGGAAGGCUGAAAGUAAACAUGGUGGCUGUGGAAGGGAGCGACCUGAAGGUCACUGGGAUUGACUUUCUCAAGAGCCAGAACUGCCGCCUGCACCACACAGAUGCCUACAACAUCAAGAACCUGGUGGUACGGCGCGGGCAGCCCUUUCUGAUGCAGCUCAACUUCAGCCGGGAGCUGAAGGCUACCGACAAGUUGGCAGUGCGUUUCGGCAUUGGUGAAAACCCAAUGAAAAUCAGAGGGACCCUGAUGUCGCUGAACCCAAGGCGGGAGCCGGACUUCAGUGGGUGGCAAAUCUCCAUCGUCAAGAGCAGCGACAAAGAGUGCCUGCUGUCUGUCACCAGCUCACCCAGGGCCCCAGUGGGAAAAUACACCCUGCACGUGAAGACUGGGACUAACAUUUAUAAGCCCGAAAAUGAUACUGUCUAUCUUUUGUUCAAUCCUUGGUGCGAAGCUGAUGUUGUCUUCCUGGCCGAUGAGGCGCAGAAAAAGGAGUAUGUGCUCAAUGAUACAGGCUACAUCUAUGUUGGGUCUGCAUACAACAUAACUGGCAGACCCUGGAAUUUUGGGCAGUUUGAGGAAUUCAUCUUGGAUGCCUGCAUGUAUCUGCUGGACAAAAGUCAGCUGAAGCUGAGCAACAGAAGGGAUACUGUGUUGGUGUCCAGAGCCAUGUCUGCUUUGGUCAAUGCCAACGAUGACAGCGGUGUCCUGCUGGGGAACUGGUCAGGGAAUUACAGCAACGGGACCUCCCCUAUGGAUUGGAUCGGGAGUGUCUCGAUUUUGCAGCAGUAUUACAAAACAAAGAAGCCAGUCUGUUACGGUCAAUGCUGGGUCUUCGCAGGAGUCCUCACUACAGUCAUGCGCUGCCUGGGGGUCCCAUCCCGCUGCGUCAGUAACUUCAACUCGGCGCACGAUACAGAGGAGAACCUGAGAGUUGACAUUUACAUGAACGAAUACGGAGAUAAGCUGGACCGGCUGUCCCUCGACUCCAUCUGGAACUUCCAUGUGUGGAAUGAUGUCUGGAUGAAGCGGAAGGACCUGCCGGAAGGGUUUGAUGGCUGGCAAGCAAUCGAUUCAACCCCUCAGGAGCAAAGCCAAGGUAUUUUCCAGUGUGGUCCAUGCCCACUGAAGGGUAUCCGAGAAGGGGAUGUGUACCUGCCCUAUGACAGCAAGUUUGUGUAUGCGGAAGUGAACGCUGACAAAGUCUACUGGCUCGUCAAGAAGGUGAACGGCAAGGAUAAGUACAUCAGGAUCAGCACGGAGACCGAAGGCGUUGGCGUGAACAUAAGCACAAAAGCUGUGGGAGAGAACAAGCGGGAAGACAUCACCUCGCAGUACAAGUUCCCUGAAGGCUCUGAAGAGGAAAGGAAAGCUAUGCAGAGAGCUUACUCCUUCUUACGCCCUUCGGGAUUAGUACCUCGUGCACGUUUUGCUUCGAUUCUGCCCAUGGAGAACAUGAUCUCCAAGCCUGCAGUCCCACAUGAUACAGUCUCCCAGUCUGGGAUUCAGCUUGAGAUAACCAAUAAAGAACCUUUGUAUCCUGGCAAUCCCCUUGAAUUGGCCAUCACAGUGAAGACCUCUACUUCUGGAUACUGGACCAUCAGUCUUGUUGGCUCCUGCCAGCUGCAGUCCUAUACUGGGAAAGUUGAGGCCAGCCUUGGAUAUAUCAAGGAGACCAUCAAGCUUGAAGGCAUAUCUGAGAAACAGGUCGCCCUGAAAAUCCCAGCCGACGAAUACAUGAAGACACUGGCCUCGGUGGAAGAUGAAGUGCACAUCCAUGUCACUGCCAUUGCCGAGGUCGAGGGGACUGAUGACAAACUCACCAAGGAGGCGACGAUGAGCUUUGAGUACCCCCCAAUCACUGUCCAGAUGCCAGAAACAGCCAAACUGAACGAGGAGUUCACCUGUGCCUUCAUCUUCAAGAACAGGCUGAACAUGUCCCUGGACAACUGCAAGCUGCUGGUGGAGGGCUUGGGCAUAUUUAAGAUGGCAACGUUUGAUGAAGGGGACAUAAAACCUGGUAAGAUCAUUAAGUCUGAAGUAGUCUGCACUCCAACGAGACUAGGAGAGAAGAAAAUAGUAGCCAAGCUGACCUCGACCCAGAUCAAAGGGAUCUCUGUGGAGAAGACCAUCACCAUCACCGAGUAG